AUGUCAGCUCCCAGUAGUCAUCAUAUUAGACAGAAUGUUUGCGCAAACCGUCCAGCGUAUAGAGAUGGUCGACAACCUAAAGCAGUAAAGGUGUAUACAGUGGCUCAAGAAUCAUGUUAUUUAUUGAUACAAGGUGUUCAAGCAGUAGGAGCUCAUACUGAUUUAAAUACUCUCUGUUCUGGGUUUGGGGUCCUCAAAUCUUUCCAAGCUCUAGAUGACUAUCCUAGUGAACAAUUUACAGAAGUUUAUUUGGUCCAAUAUGAACGAAUACAAUCAGCAAGAUAUGCCAAGAGAAAAAUGGAUGAUAUGUCGUUUUUUGGAGGAGUUCUGCAUGUUUGUUAUGCUCCAGAAUUUGAAUCUGUACAAGAAACAAGAGAGAAAUUACAAGAUAGAAGAAGACAGGUUGCUGCUAAAAUCAGGCAAAAUGAAAAAGAAAGAGGUCCUUCCAAAACCAUUGUAGAAGAUCUUCAAAAUCAACUUGAAAAAUUGGAACAAAAUUAUCCCAAUUCUAGCAAUAAUGUACAAAGGAGUGUCCACAAUCAUAAAAGCACUCUAAAAGACGGUCAAAACACAGUUUUGCGUGCAAUUGCAACAUCUGAAGUUUCUCAGCACGAGCAAAGAGUACCACCACUUCUCAACUACACUGAUCCUCAUAGUGAUUUGUCAACAGAAUUUCAUUUGCCCAAUUUUUCAAUCCCACCACCACCUCAAUAUGGGAUACACCCUCAUUAUGCUCCGAGACAUCACCAAGGUUACGGCUUUGCUAAUGUUCCUAGUGCUCACGCCACGUUACCCAUGUAUUUCGAUGAACGACUAUGUGACAAUCACUCCAGAGAUUCGGAAUUGAAGCAAAAAAUUUCAAAAGACGACUUGCAAGAAAAAACUAAAUCGGUGUCAGAAUCUCAUAAGAUAGUCAAAGGACUGGUAGUAAAAGACUAUAAAUCUAAUCAUCCAGUACCAAAGUUUGUUCCCCGACAAGCUACUAAGAACAUUAACAAGCCAGAUACAACUUCCAAGGUGAAGGACACUGAUAAAUUCAAUAAAGAGAUACGAAAGAAUGCUUUUACCUUGGGAGAACCCCAAGGUCCUGAGAAACCAGUUGAUCUUAAGUCUCAGAGUUUAGAUAUAACUAGAGAAGCGGUUGUUUCUGUGAACUCUUCAGUGAAAGAGAUUAGAAAGCAAGUUGCCAAGUUUUCCAGUGAUCCUCCUUUAAAGAAGAAGAAAAAGAUCCAGUGA